AUGACAGAUACUCGCAUACCAUUCCAAAUUUAUCUUGAGGAUACUAAAGCAACUAUAAUUCUUCAAUUAACGGCAGCAGAAGCUGAAAGAGCAACUAAAGAUAAUGCAUUUGUAUUAAGAUUAAUAAACCAACACAAUGCAAGGCGAAAGGAAUCAGUUUUACAGAUUUAUGAAACCACGGAUAACGAAAUUGAUACUUAUAUGCUUGAUGAAGAUACAUCUUCUGCUUCAUGUUCAUCUGCUUUAGAGACAAAUUCCUUGCAUAUCUCAUCUAAACAUGUACAAUCAGUAAAAUCGACACAAAAUGUCAAAGAGUCAACUGAAAAUGACAAAACUUUAUUUCUAUGGUCUUCAAAGAACGUAUAUUUGCUCUUGGAAAAAUAUGAGGAACGAAUGAAUGAGUUCUCUUCAGGUACAAAACGUCAUUUUAAAAUCUGGGAAAGCAUUGCAAGCGACAUGAAAAACGUUAAUCCAGAAUUUACAGCGUCAGGCAUACAAUGUCAGUCAAAAAUGAAUAGCAUGAAAAAGAUGUUUCAAAAAAUCAUAGACCACAAUAGUGUGUCUGGAAAUGAUCGAAAGUCAUGGCAAUAUUUUGAGAAGCCAAAGUCUGAAAAAGUUUUAGAUGAAUUUAUAAAGCAAAUGAAGCAAGAUAGGCAGGAAAGAGAAAUGAUAAAAGAGAAAAGGAAGCUAACUGUAUUACAGGAACUAAAAGAAGAAAAAGGAAAACAACAUAAAGAAAAAAUGGAUAUAAUGGAUGAUAAUGCUAUAGAGAGAAAUAUAGUGAGACAUUUUGUCGAAGAAUUACAAAAUCAAUUACCAAAUAAUUUUUAUGCGAGACGUGGUAUACGCUGGAAAAAUAAAAAUUAUUAUGAAAGAAUAGUUCCGUUGUAUACUAAUAACGUAUAUAAAGAACAUUUUAGGAUGUCAAGAAUAGCUAUAGAGGAAUUAGUAAAUAUAAUUGGAAAUGCAAUGGAUGAAAAUUAAAACUAUCCAGUGGAAUUACAGAAGAAAGUAUUAUUUACGAUCUGGAUUUUAGCGAAACAAGAAAGUUAUCUUUCAGUAGGAGAUAGCUUUGGCCUAUCAAAAAGUACCAGACAUGGUAUAGUAAAAGAAAUUGUAAAUGUAUUGGUCCAGUUAAUACCACAAUAUAUCGUAUGGCCUAACAGACAAAUGUGCAACGUAUCAUCUACUGUUUUUGAUCGACGUUCAGGUGGUUUUCCUGGUGUUGUAGGUGCGAUCGACGGUGUCCAUAUACAAUGUAAGGCUCCUCCUGGAAACGCUAAUGAUUACUACAACAGAAAAGGAUUUCAUUCCAUUAUCUUGCAAGGUGCAUGUGAUCACACAGGCCGUUUUAUUAAUAUAUACACUGGACUACCAGGCCGUAUGCACGAUGCUCGUGUUUUUAGAUACAGUAACCUGUACAGACAAUUAACAAAUGCGGAAGAUCCAUUAUUACCAUCACAACUACAUUUAAUAGGAGAUGCAGCAUACCCUUUACUACAUAAUUUAAUGACUCCAUAUAAAGAUACCGGUCAUUUGACAAGAAAACAAAUAAUUUACAACACCAAAUUAUCAUGUAUUCGCAGUAUUAUCGAAAGAACUUAUGGUUUUUUAAAAACAAAAUUUCGAAGGCUUUAUUAUUUAAAUAUCAGUGACUUUGAAUUAGGACAAAAAAUGAUAGCAGCUGCAUGCAUAUUACAUAAUUUUAUGAUUAAUAGAGAAGAAAUAAAUUUUGCAGACGAAAUAGAAAUAGAAAAUAACUUAAUGUUAUUACGCGAUAUUAUAGAUCCACUUGAACUUGAUGAAAAUGCUUCCGCUGUUGCAAAACGGGAUAUUAUGCGUUCAUUUAGAUAA